UUCACUGACCUCCCCAUGGCUUCUCGUCUGGCUUUCUCUCGUUUGACUGCCCUUCACCGUUCUCGUCUGUCGGUACCCACUAAAUUCCUUCGACUGGCUCGAGGCUACGCCACAGCAGACGAUGGCCACAGUCUGACCGUCAGAGAAGCCUUGAAUGCUGCUAUGGAGGAGGAGAUGCUGCGUGACGAAUCUGUCUUUGUCAUGGGUGAAGAAGUUGCUCGGUAUAACGGUGCUUACAAGGUUACCAAAGGCCUUCUAGACAAGUUCGGAGAGAAGCGAGUGAUUGACACACCGAUCACCGAAAUGGGGUUCGCUGGUAUUGCUGUCGGUGCCGCGUUGGAGGGUCUCCGCCCAGUUUGCGAGUUUAUGACGUGGAACUUCGCCAUGCAAGCCAUUGAUCAAAUCGUCAACUCUGCCGGAAAGACCUACUACAUGUCUGGAGGGAACGUUCCUUGUCCCGUAGUAUUCCGAGGUCCGAACGGCGCUGCAGCAGGUGUAGCAGCUCAGCAUUCACAAGACUAUGCCUCUUGGUAUGGUCAAAUUCCUGGUCUCAAAGUCGUCAGCCCAUGGAACGCUAAGGACUGUAAGGGUCUUUUGAAAUCUGCUAUCCGUGAUCCUAACCCCGUCGUCUUCCUGGAAAACGAGAUGAUGUACGGUGUCUCCUUCCCAGUCUCGGCUGAGGUCAUGUCGGACAACUUUCUGCUCCCGAUUGGAAAAGCUGAAGUUGAACGGGAAGGAUCUGAUGUGACUAUCGUCGCUCAUAGCAAGAUGGUCACUCACAGUAUGGAAGCCGCUGAGGCUCUGGCCAAGGAGGGAAUUAAGGCUGAAGUUAUUAACCUCCGAAGCAUUCGUCCUUUGGAUAUAGAUACCAUCAAAAAAUCAGUUAAGAAAACAAACAGACUUCUUGUCGUUGAGGGUGGUUUCCCCGCCUUUGGGGUCGGAAGCGAGAUCUGUGCACAGAUUGUUGAGAGUGAAGCGUUUGACUACUUGGAUGCUCCUGUCGAACGUGUUACUGGCGCUGACGUUCCUACUCCCUAUGCAACAAAUCUAGAAGCGCUGGCAUUCCCCGAUACAUCUCUAAUUGUCAAAGUCGCUAAACGCGCUCUUUACAGGACGAAUUAAAAGCUUGACGAGUAUGAUACUAAUGGUCUCUCGGUAAUCUAGAUAUUUGUCCUGUGCUGUUAUAGAGCUUGUAUUGGACUACUAUUUAAUGCUAUCGAAUUCUUCUAAUU